CAAACCCCUCCCAUUGGCGGAACGUAUACAUUCCUUUUGUCCAAGAUGGCGGAGUUGAAACAGGUUCACUGAUUCUAAAUAUGUUUUUAAACGCGUUUAUCCUUUUUUUUAAAUUUUAUAUCAAAAUACAUGCAAAGUCUUUAACGUCGCGAGCAUUAGUUACAAGUUAUUAACGUCCGUUUAUGUGUAACGUCUCCCAAAAGUGAGGAAUUUGCUUACAGAUUGGAUUUUUUUUUCUGCAGACACUGGCUGGCUAGUUAGCAACAACAAAAAGUUUGGGCACCGUUUGAAAAUGAAGCGACAGGCCGGGAGGGACUCCAGUCCUAGUAGGACUUUAGCGAAACGAAUACGGGAAAGAGAGCGGGACCGGGACGGGUCACGGAGAGAAGACCUGCCGCUCCCACCACUUGCUUUGCUGCUCGCUGAAAGCGGGAGGCAACAUGCUCGGAGUAGGAGCAGGGAACGAGAAAAGACACGGCUUCGGGAGGAGCGUGGAGGCACCGGAGAUCCCCUCCAUCACCGACAACAACACCACGACCUCGAUCUCAUCGGCCGACCCUCUCUCCGGACGACAGCCGUCCUGCCUAAAGGCAAAGCAGCAGCCGAACUACUGGGUCUCCGGGGGGGAGCCGGUGGGACUCUGGAAUACAAAUCGUUGCUCAUUAGCAAUCUCGGCUCGGUGCUUUCUGACGAGCACGUUGAAGACGGACUGUUUCACGAGUUUAAAAAGUUUGGGGACGUUAGUGUGAAACUAUCUCACACUCCAGAACUAGGCCGAGUCGCCUACAUCAAUUUCCGGCACCCGGAGGACGCUAAAGAGGCCAGGCAUGCCAAAACCAGGCUAGUACUCUAUGACCGCCCUCUCAAAGUAGAGCCCAUGUACGUCCGGCGGCGCAGCUGCACGCCGCCGGAUAUGGGCUAUGUCCCCAUCCAUGGCGCCCCAUAUCCCUCUUAUAGACAGAGGUCCCUCUCCCCCUGCCCUGGAGUUAGUAGUAUCAGAGAUAUCCGACCACCAAGACAUUACCAUGUAGAGGGACUGGGACUGAGCAGAGAGAGGGAGAGGAUCUUAGAUUACUAUGGGAUGUUAGACGAGAGGGGACGGCCUUACGGGCUGCCUGUACCUGAGCAUGAUGACAUAAAACCUGAGGACGACGCCAGGGCAUGCAGGAACCUGUUCAUCGGCAACCUGGAUCACAACGUCACCGAGGGCGAGCUGAGGAGAGGCUUCGAUAAGUACGGCAUCAUUGAGGAAGUUGUGAUUAAACGACCGGCGCGCGGUCAGGGUGGAGCCUACGCGUUCCUCAAGUUCCAGAACUUAGACAUGGCUCACCGGGCUAAGAUAACCAUGCAGGGUCGCGUGAUCGGCGGGAACCCGGUGAAGAUAGGCUACGGUAAGGCCAACCCUACCACCAGACUCUGGGUAGGCGGGCUGGGACCCAGCAAUUCCCUGGCAGCCCUGGCCAGAGAGUUUGACCGUUUUGGCAGCAUCCGGAACAUACACUAUGCGAAAGGGGAUAGUUUUGCCUACAUUCAGUAUGAGAGCCUAGAUGCCUCUCAGGCUGCAUGCACUCAGAUGAGAGGGUUCCCUCUAGGAGGCCCAGAGAGGAGGCUGAGGGUGGACUUUGCCAAGGCUGAGGAGCCCCUGCCUCGUAGUUACCCAACAGGAUACCAGCCCCCUGUGUCCCAGCCUGCCCACCUGGACCUGCUGAGGCAUCGCGACCGUAGCCUGGAGAGAGAGCUACGCUCCCGGGACCACUCGCCACCCUCCCACGCCCUGUUUACCCAGCGGGAGAGAGAGAGAGCUAUGCUGGACAGGGGGGACAGAGAGUUAAUCUCUCCAACAAAUAGCCUUGAGCGCAGGGGGAGUGAAGCGUUUGGGGUGUCUCGUGGUGGCCGAGGGGACCGGGCAGCCCGGAGCCGAAGCAGAGAGCGCUGGCUGAAGGAGAGAGACGCAGAGCGGGCUGAAGGAGAGAGACGCAGACACAGGUCCCUUUCCCUUGACGGACCCUCUCAGGAGAAGGAGAGAGGCAUGUCCAAGGUGAGAGGAGGAGCAGGGCCAACUUCUCCAGAAGACAGCCCAGACAGAGCCAGGGUCCGGGCCCCAGACUCUACCACCGAGCCCAGGGGACAGAGCCCCGAUAGCAGCCGUCACUCCAACGAGGACCGGGCCGGCCGGGACGGCCACGAGACAGCCUCCAGCAGGGACCGACACAAGAAGACUGGCGGUGACAGAGAGAAAGACCGUGACCGCAACCACCGUGCCAGCGACACAAACCACACCUCAGACACGCUUAAUAAAGACCCCAGAACACCCAGUACGCUGUCGGAGUGUGCCACCACCCUCACCAAAGCCUGGCACGGUCACUUCACCCUGAAGAACUCCUGUUUCCCCACUAACAUGCACCUGUUAGAGGGAGGCUCCGGGUUCUUCCACUCUGUCAUGAAGGACCACCAGGCCAAGGGUAAACUGACCCAGCUGAAGAUCGCCCAGCGACUGAGGAUGGACAAGACCAGGUUGAACGAGGUCACCAGGAGGAUCAAGCAUGGUGGCUCCGAGGGCUACGCUGUUCUCCUGGCCCUCCAGGGCCCCGUCGACCGCGAGGCCUCUCCACCUGAACCAGGCCUACAGAUCAGACUCCUCCGUCACCUGGUCACCUACCUGAGGAACAAAGAGGCUGCAGGAGUGAUCAGUCUACCUGUAGGUGGGGCUAAGGAGGGGGGAAAGGGGGGCAUGCUGUACGCCUUCCCCCCAUGUAACUUCUCCCAGCAGUUCCUCCAGAGUGCACACAGGACUUUGGGGAAUCUGGAUGAAGAGCACCUGGUGGUCGUUAUUGUCAAUGACUCUGCCUAACUUAGACAGAAGACACCUCUUUGUGGUGUUUGCUGUCAAUGUUAUUACACCCACGUUAACACCCACGUUAACACCCACGUUAACAGACAGCUGUCAGUAGGGCUGGGAAUUUCCAGGGACCUCAUCAUACUUAGGUGCCGAUACAAUAUGUAUUGUGAUUCUCACGAUUCUAUUUGUAUUGUGAUUCUAUUAGUAUUGUGAUUCUCACGAUUAUAUUUGUAUUGUGAUUCUAUUAGUAUUGUGAUUCUCACGAUUCUAUUAGUAUUGUGAUUCUAUUUGUAUUGUGAUUCUCACGAUUCUAUUAGUAUUGUGAUUCUCACGAUUCUAUUUGUAUUGUGAUUCUAUUAGUAUUGUGAUUCUCACGAUUCUAUUAGUAUUGUGAUUCUAUUUGUAUUGUGAUUCUCACGAUUCUAUUAGUAUUGUGAUUCUCACGAUUCUAUUUGUAUUGUGAUUCUAUUAGUAUUGUGAUUCUCACGAUUCUAUUAGUAUUGUGAUUCUCACGAUUCUAUUAGUAUUGUGAUUCUAUUAGUAUUGUGAUUCUCACGAUUCUAUUAGUAUUGUGAUUCUCACGAUUCUAUUUGUAUUGUGAUUCGAUACUGUGAUUUCAUUGCGAUUCAAUGUUCCAAACACCACACGUCUGCUGCAGAGGGACAAGAGAGCGAGCCAGGAGAAAGUGAGUUUUGAUCAGUCUAUAAAUUAAAAGUGCUGAAAACAAAUUGACUCCCAAUUUAAAAAGAUGAUGGAGAACAACACUAUGAAGGAAAAAUACUGGGUUUUUUUGUGCUGCUACAGCCAGCCAACUAGCGCAUUAAAUAAUAUUGGGAUAUUGUCAAAACAUGUGGUCAAAUAAUAUCCCAAUAUGUAAAUUGUUUUAAACUAAGACAUAACUGGUGUUGGAGACUGUCAGUGUCUCUAUGGUGGUGUUGGAGACUUGUCAGUGUCUCUAUGGUGGUGUUGGAGACUGUCAGUGUCUCUAUGGUGGUGUUGGAGACUGUCAGUGUCUCUAUGGUGGUGUUGGAGACUGUCAGUGUCUCUAUGGUGGUGUUGGAGACUGUCAGUGUCUCUAUAGUGGUGUUGGAGACUGUCAGUGUCUCUAUGGUGGUGUUGGAGACUGUCAGUGUCUCUCUGGUGGUGUUGGAGACUGUCAGUGUCUCUAUGGUGGUGUUGGAGACUGUCAGUGUCUCUAUGGUGGUGUUGGAGACUGUCAGUGUCUCUAUGGUGGUGUUGGAGACUAUCAGUGUCUCUAUGGUGGUGUUGGAGACUGUCAGUGUCUCUAUGGUGGUGUUGGAGACUGUCAGUGUCUCUAUGGUGGUGUUGGAGACUGUCAGUGUCUCUAUAGUGGUGUUGGAGACUGUCAGUGUCUCUAUAGUGGUGUUGGAGACUGUCAGUGUCUCUCUGGUGGUGUUGGAGACUGUCAGUGUCUCUAUGGUGGUGUUGGAGACUGUCAGUGUCUCUAUGGUGGUGUUGGAGACUGUCAGUGUCUCUAUGGUGGUGUUGGAGACUGUCAGUGUCUCUAUGGUGGUGUUGGAGACUGUCAGUGUCUCUAUGGUGGUGUUGGAGACUGUCAGUGUCUCUAUGGUGGUGUUGGAGACUGUCAGUGUCUCUAUGGUGGUGUUGGAGACUGUCAGUGUCUCUAUGGUGGUGUUGGAGACUGUCAGUGUCUCUAUGGUGGUGUUGGAGACUGUCAGUGUCUCUAUGGUGGUGUUGGAGACUGUCAGUGUCUCUAUGGUGGUGUUGGAGACUGUCAGUGUCUCUAUAGUGGUGUUGGAGACUGUCAGUGUCUCUAUGGUGGUGUUGGAGACUGUCAGUGUCUCUAUGGUGGUGUUGGAGACUGUCCGUGUCUCUAUGGUGGUGUUGGAGACUGUCAGUGUCUCUGGUGGUGUUGGAGACUGUCAGUGUCUCUAUGGUGGUGUUGGAGACUGUCAGUGUCUCUAUAGUGGUGCCAUGUCCUCCCAACACCACCACCACAUGGUGUGCCUGCCCCCCUUCCAGACUGUCUGUGUCUCUAUAGGGGCCCACACAGUGAACACACUGAAGCCACCUUAGAGGACAUGAUAGUUUAGCCGUCUGUCGGUGUCACUACCCCCCCCCAGUGUACAAACGGAGACAGAGCUGUGUCUCUCCAAGACACAUGGGAACGUCUGACUCUUGAGACAGACUUUAGGAGGUCUGGCCGACUCGUAGGACAGACAUGAUUUUGUAUGUAGUCUCGUUCAUUAGUGAAACACUACUAGUGAGUAUGGGAUUGUUGUUCAUACAUACUGUUGUAUAAUAUUUUUUUUAAAAUGGAAUUGACCAAGCAGUAUAUCUACAGGCUACUUCCACAGCGGUAGUAUAAUUAACAGGAUGGUUUGCAUGUUCGACUUAUUUUUCUUAAUUUUUUUUUUUAAUUGAACCAUUCCUGAAGUUCCGUGUUUUGUCUUUGUUGAGAAUGGUGUGCUCUAAUUGGCUGUUGCAUGCAGAAUGUUGUUUUUCUACAGAUUCUACCCUGCAGCUUGGUGUUGGAACUUCCACUGUCGUUUUACUCGUCAAUGAUUUGAAACUGUUGUUGUUUUUUUAAAUACUGGUUCAGCUCACAGAUAUUAUUUCUUUAAUUAGUUCUGUCUUUGAUCCUAGUGUGAUAUUGUGACGUUUGUGACUGGUAUGGUUUAGCCUUUUUUUUUUUCUUUUUUUUUUUAAAGCGUUUUAAUACACUAUCCACCUGACAAUGUACUGAAUCAGCCUAUAGCCUAUUUGCAUAUGAUUUUAACUCUAGUAUGAUUUGCUGUGAGGCAGAGUGGAUUGUAUCUACCUCUACAAUUAUUUCAGGAAAAUGUUUUCUUUUUUUUUUUUGUUAAAACAUUCUUAUCAGAAACAUAUAAUGCAAAUGAAACCCACUCCCUUGAUCUUUGUUGGAGUCAGGUUAUUAUUUUUACAAUUUAUUAUGUCUCCCAGGAGUUUAUUUGAGCAGAAAGUGUCGCAAAAUUAAAACUACAUUUUUUUAAUUUUUA